AUGGCCUCUAUUCGCGUUCUUUCCUUCGAUGCUGAGGGCCGUCCCGUGCAGUUCACUUCCUGGCUCGACGACCUGCAGUUGUAUCUUAUGAGCAAUAGCACGGACCACAUCUCCCUCUAUGACUACGCGUCUGGUGCUGCCGCUGCUCCUGCUGCCACAGCCGAGCUUAGUGUACGUUCACAGUGGCAGACUCGUGACGCUGCAGCUCGCCUGGCUAUUCGCAGUCACCUGCCGUUAGCUGAGCUAGAGCACUUUGGCGACUGCAAAACCGCUAAGGCCCUAUACGACGCUGUCGUUGCUCGCUACUCCUCACCUGCCACAGCCGAGCUUAGCCGUCUCAUGCUGCCUUACCUGUUCCCUGACCUGUCCACCUUUGCUACAGUCGCCGAUCUUAUCACCCACCUUCGCACUAGUGAUGCUCGCCUGCGUGCCGCCCUUCCCACCGAGUUCUGCGCUAAGAACCCCCCUCCCCUGUACUGGGCACUCCACUUCAUAGUCACCCGUCUCCCUGACACCCUCAGCUCAGUGCGCGACUAUUUCCUUGCUCGCUGUCCCACUGAGCUCACUGUCGCCCUCCUAGAGGAGAAGCUGCUAGCAGCCGAGAAGAGCAUUGUAGCUGUUGGUGCUGCUCGCGGCGCUCCUCGCACCCCCAUCUUUGAGGGGUGCUCUCCCUCUCCCCUCGCUCCCUCCUAUGCUACUGCUGCUGCUGUUGACUUCCUUGGUGCUGAGUCUGCUGGCGCUGCUUCUGCUCCUGGUGGGAGGCGCCGCACCGGCAAGGGCAAGGGGGGCAAGGGUGGCGGGGGUGGCGCUGGGGGGGGAGGGGGUGGGGGAGGUGGGGGGGGAGGCGGUGCUGGAGGGAGCGGUGGCGGGAGUGCCGGUGGGAGUGGGGCCGGCGGCGGAGGCGGGGGCGGCGGCGGGAGCAGUGGCGGUGGUGGCAGCGGCGGCAGUGGCGGCGGUGGCGGCAGUGGCGGUGGCGGUGGCGGUGGUGGCGGUCGGAGCGGAGGUAGUGGCGGCGGUGGAGGUCGGAGUGGAGGCACCGGCUCGGGCCAGAGCUCCCAGCAGCAGCAGCGUCCCCAGUCGACCCAGCAGCUUCGUGAGUGGCUUGCUCAGCGUGGGACGUCGGGGGGCAGUGGCCGCUGUUCCUAUGUCAUUCGCACAGGUGAUCGCAAGGGGCAGACGUGUGGAAAGUUCCACACUCAGUACCGCUGCUUCUUCCGCCUUGACGACGCUUGGCGUGAGGAGAUGGGCGAGGAUGUUGAGCGCCCUCGCUGGGCUGAGCUGAUGAGGGCUGGUGUUGAUAUCUUUGCUCUUGACUAUGAUGCUAUUAUUGCUGCCAUGUAUGCAUUGACUGUUAGUGCCGAGGGAGACUGUUACUUGUGUGUGCCGCCUGACCCAGGUAUAGGGCCCGCUGCCCUAGGUACUAGUGAGUCUGCUCUCUCUGGUAUGGUGCCCCCUGUACCUGCUCCCUCCAGCACUGUCCCUGCUGCUUGCGAGUCUGCUCUCUCAGGUACAGCACCCACAGAGACUGCUCUCUCAGUCCACCACUGUGCUCCCUUGUCCGGCGGUUCCGUCUGGCUCGUUGACGGGUUUCCACCUCCCCUCGUUCUCGACGAACCUGGUGAGCAACGCUGUCAUCCAGGAUCAGUGGGUUGA